GUCACGUGGUCUACCUCCCUUUCCUCUUCCUCUCCAUCCCUUAGCUCUCGGCUAUCCGUUCUCCAUCCACUCCCGCGUCGUUCACUCUUUCUUGCUUUUCAUUCAGUUCCCAGUUCGACACAGGAAGAUUCGGUUGUGUGUCCUUAAACUCCCCAGAAAAGCGUUCCCAAACUUCGCGUGCUCAGUCUGUGGCACGAACUUUCGAUUGACACUGGCGGAGUUUUGUUGUUCGACUGCUGCAUACAUGCUGAACUCUUACUUCUGUUUUGCUUCAAGGAGGAUAUUUGGAAAACAAAACAUGUGUUUUAUGAGUCACGGAUCAUGCGCUAUGUCGAGGAACUGUUGACUUUCUGACAACAAAUGCGCGUGCUUUGAUCCAAAUAUUGGUAAACAUUAAGCAAGCUGAAGGACAUUAAAACUUUGAAGAGACUUUUCUAAACUAGGACUGUGUUUAAAACCUGGAAAAAAUUAACAGUUAUUUAGGAUUUCCUCAUGGACAUUUGUUGACCACGAUUUCUUGAGUUAAAAUACUCAGGGAAAAAAAGGCCGACCAAAUAAACAAGUGUUCUGAAACAAAAACUAUGCACUUACCAGCGGACUCAGUGAAUGGUUCUCCGGUCUCUACCGGUCCGGAACGGCCUGGUGGGGGAGAUUUUGUGUUUCCAGGAGAACGAGUGUUAAGUGAGGUGAUGGCUGAGCAUCCUGGAGAAUUGGUGAGGACCGGCAGUCCUUGUUUCGUGUGCUCAUCUUUGCCCACUCAUUGGAGGUCCAACAAGACUCUGCCAGUCGCCUUCAAAGUUGUAUGUCUAGGAGAAGUGGCCGACGGGACGGUGGUCAGCAUUCGAGCCGGGAAUGAUGAGAACUUUUGCGGUGAGCUUCGAAAUGCCACCGCAGUCAUGAAAAAUCAAGUAGCGAAGUUCAACGAUUUGCGAUUCGUCGGACGGAGCGGAAGGGGUAAGAGUUUCACAUUGACGAUCUCCAUUAGCACUUCUCCUCCUCAAGUGGUUACUUACAAUAAAGCCAUCAAAGUUACAGUCGAUGGACCUAGAGAACCUAGAAGGCAGCAGCAGCAACUGAGAGCUUUCGCUACAGCUUUUGGACACAGGCCGCCUUACCUGGAUCCCAGAUUUCCAGACCCAUUAAGGGAAUGGGACCUCCGAAGGAAAACAGCAGAGCACUGGGCGCUAGAGCUUCCCAGAAGGAUAGGCGGCCCUGGCCAAGAUCCUCUUCAUUUGGCUGAGAGUCACUGGGGCGCUUAUGGCCAUCCCUAUUCUUCUUACCUUGCUUCGGCAUCCAGUUUACAAGGAACAGGUUUUCCACCCUAUUCAUUAGAUGCGGCUUUGGCGGGAGUGUCUCCAUCUUCUCAAGACUCUUGUUCUUCCACAUUACCUCUAACAGGUAUAGGCGAUCGUGGUUCAGCAGUGUCAACUACAGGUUCCUCUUUCCCAGCUCUCAACGAUCACGCUGUAAGUUUGUCUUUGAAAACAGAUCCCCUUCUUGUCUCCAGGUACAGUAACGCAAUGGCAGCGGUUGCAGCAAACUCAGAACUGUGCCUCACCGAUCGUCUUACCGAAUUACGUCAGGGUCUUUCCACUGCAGUUGCUAAUCCUCAGCAACCCAGUACCACAGUGGCACUACUAUCUAGUAGCACUGGUAGUCCUCCUUAUCUGUCGGUGAGUCAUCCAGGAUAUGGCCUACUGUCUUCGCAUCCUUAUUAUAAUGGUAAUGGCUGUUCAGGCCCCGGAGCUCCGAGUAUGUAUCUAAAUCCACCUGUUGUGCCACCUUCUCUAUUGUACCCGCAACUGUAUAGCAGCGUAGCUCAUAACCAACUUCAUCCUUCAAUUCAUAUCCUUGGAAGCAAUGUUGCAAAUAAUUCUGAUAUCUUACGAUCACCUGAACCACAAAGAAGUGAAGAUGAUGCCUUGCAAACUAGUUCUAAUCCCGGCUCUAGAGGAAGCUCGACAGGCAGUGCAACAAGUAGUAAUGGUGGUUCAACGUCUUCUAUAGUGAAUCUUAUGUCUCAGGUUGAAACUUCUCGAUCAACUUCCCCAAGGCACCAAAUUCAAACGAGUUGUACUACUACAUCAAACGGAACAACGCUUUAUGGUAACACAUCUAACGGUCAUGGACAGACAGAUUCUUCAUUGUGGAGACCUUACUGAAUAUUUUAUGCUAUUCCAGAGUUUAGAGGAUUUUAAACAACAGGCAGAUUGCAGUUUUAUUAAAGGUAAAGUGUAUGUGGCUUACCUUUUCGAAACUUUAUAUCAUCUCAUUUGCAUGUGGUUGAGGAAAGAAGUGCAUAAUGGGAUGAAACUCAAGUCUAAGCAAGCAAGUUAAUUCAUAUUCAUUCCUUGUGACUAAUUCGAGGCGAUAAUUUUAGUUCUUUCUAAAUUGUUGUCCUAUGGAUUGAAAUUCAAGCUGAAAGAUGAUGAGUUGGAAAUAAGGGAAAGUUCAGUUGAGUUGAAAUUGAAACUUAAUUUCAGUUCUGAUUUUGUCUAGGAAAAUGAUUUUCAGUUGUAGUAUUAUUAAUUGCUUAAAUAUGUUUUAAUAUUUAAAAUUAAUAACAACAGGUAUCAAGAUUGAAUAUGCUGAAUACAAAUUAUUUCAGCUAAGCUAAAAUUGCUUUUUCGACUGAUAUUAAAUACUGUAUAAUGAAUAGCGUUCUUCAAAAGUACCUGGUGUACAUUCCUAACAAAAUAAAGUACUUUUGGAAGAUUUUAAACAGAAAAUCCACUGUACAUUAACGUACGCGUGGCGAAAUAUAGUUCAUGAGCUUUCUGUUAAUGUGAGAUUUGUAUAUAGUAGCUAUGGAAUGAAGGCUGCAGAAUUAAUGUAACAAAAUAGAAGUUCGUCUACUGUGUGAUAUGACUUCUAUUUUAGAAGUUGUAAAGAAGGAUUCCAAAAUGUAGAUAAAAUUUUGUAGCACAAAGGAACCUUCUUGAACAAUAUUUAGCGUGUUUAAAACGAUAUAGAGACGUUAGUCAGCUGUUGUAGCUAAAAGUGCCGAGAAAAUCUGAUGGUAAAUACUUAUCUCGAUUUCCUACUGGUGUUUGACAUUAUCAGACAUGAUUGCAAUUUGAAGCAAGAUCGAUGUUGAUAACAUUUGUAUCUGUUCUUAAUCAAAAUACUGUGACAAAGAAAUGUAUGAGGAUUCGUGACUGAGAAAAAAUGUGUAAACAUGCUCUUUGAGCUAGGAGAAUAACUUGAGUCUACAAGAGUGAGCUUCCUUAAAGGAUCACUACAUGUAUCGCUGUGUAAUUAUAUUUGUACAUUAUAGAAUACAGAAAUAUAUCUCAUUCAGUAAUGAGUGCCAACAUUCUGUAUUUUGUAAAAAGAAAUAUAUAUAUAUAUAUAUAUAUACAUGAAAAAUAAAUAUUUCAAAAUAA